AUGAUUAUAUUCAAGAAAAAGGCGAUUCUAAAAGUGCUGCUUCUGGUGCCCGUCGUUUGGAUUUGUUCGCUGAUUUUCUUCGCAUCGACAAAUGGGAAUAGCAAUCAGAUCGGAACCAACAAUGACCUGGCAGACAGGAUAAAUCAAGCGAAUUUCCACCCGAAAGAGUUGGAAAAGCCCAAAAAAUCGGAUAUAAUUCAAGGAUUCGGACCGCCAAUCGAGCCGGAACCUGUUGUUCCAGUCGAGGAGAACAAAAAUGAGGAGACGGGCGGUGGGAAUUUGGCAAAACCCAAGUUUAUGGUCGAUCCCAACGAUCCGAUCUAUAAAAAAGGAGAUGCAAGUCAAGCGGGAGAGCUUGGGAAAGCUGUGAUCGUUGAUAAAACAAAAUUAACACCCGAACAAAAAGGCAUCUACGACAAGGGAAUGCUCAACAACGCAUUCAAUCAAUACGCGUCGGAUAUGAUCUCUGUGCAUCGAACACUACCGACUAAUAUUGAUGCGGAAUGCAAAACGGAAAAAUACAAUGAGAACCUUCCUCGCACCUCAGUGAUCGUCUGUUUCCACAACGAAGCGUGGUCUGUCCUCCUCCGUACCGUCCAUUCGGUUUUGGAACGAACCCCAGAGCACCUUCUCGAAGAAAUUGUCCUAGUCGACGAUUUUUCGGAUAUGGACCAUACGAAACGACCAUUGGAGGAGUAUAUGUCACAGUUUGGGGGGAAGGUCAAGAUUCUGAGAAUGGAGAAACGAGAGGGAUUGAUUCGAGCACGUCUUCGAGGCGCUGCAAUCGCUACCGGAGAGGUUCUGACGUAUUUGGAUUCACAUUGCGAGUGUAUGGAAGGCUGGAUCGAGCCGCUCCUCGACAGAAUCAAGCGGGACCCAACUACAGUAGUCUGCCCUGUAAUCGACGUCAUCGAUGAUAACACCUUCGAGUAUCACCACUCAAAAGCCUAUUUCACAAGUGUGGGCGGUUUCGAUUGGGGUCUUCAGUUCAAUUGGCACUCGAUUCCUGAGAGGGAUCGAAAGAACAGAACACGGGCUAUCGAUCCGGUUAGAUCACCAACGAUGGCUGGUGGUCUGUUCUCGAUUGAUAAGAAGUAUUUCGAAAAGCUGGGAACCUACGAUCCCGGAUUCGAUAUUUGGGGUGGCGAGAAUUUGGAGUUGUCGUUUAAGAUUUGGAUGUGUGGAGGAACGCUGGAAAUCGUGCCAUGCUCUCAUGUCGGUCACGUCUUCCGGAAACGAUCACCAUACAAAUGGAGGACGGGAGUCAACGUGUUGAAGAGGAAUUCGAUUCGACUGGCUGAAGUUUGGUUGGACGAUUAUAAGACGUACUAUUACGAGAGGAUCAAUAAUCAGUUGGGCGAUUUCGGAGAUGUCUCUGCCAGAAAGAAGCUUCGUUCGGAUUUGGGCUGCAAAUCGUUCAAAUGGUACCUGGAUAACAUUUUUCCGGAACUCUUUGUUCCCGGAGAAUCUGUGGCCAAAGGAGAGGUGCGCAACAGUGCGGUGCAACCCGCACGAUGUCUCGAUUGCAUGGUGGGUCGACACGAAAAGAAUCGGCCGGUCGGUACGUAUCAGUGUCACGGUCAGGGCGGCAAUCAGGUGAGUUCCCGACCCCCAACAAGCGUUGUUUCUUGUCAGCUGCGAAACGCGCAAACGUCACAAUGUCUGGACUCGGCUGUUGGGGACGAAGUGGAGAACAAGGCGAUCACACCGUAUCCGUGUCAUGAGCAAGGAGGAAAUCAGAUUCGAAACGCCGGAGGUGGAAAUCGCCAAUGUAUCGACUACAAUUCGGGCGGCAAAAAGUCAUUCGGAAUGUACCAGUGUCAUGGACAGGGCGGAAAUCAGUACUGGAUGCUCUCCAAAGAUGGGGAAAUCCGGCGAGACGAAUCGUGUGUGGACUAUGCUGGCAGCGAUGUAAUGGUGUUCCCGUGUCAUGGAAUGAAGGGAAAUCAGGAGUGGAGAUAUAAUCAUGAUACUGGCCGCCUCCAACACGCCGUCUCUCAAAAAUGUCUGGGAAUGACACGAGACGGUGCGAAGCUGGAAAUGGUCCAGUGCCAAUACGACGACCCGUAUCAACACUGGAAAUUCAAGGAAUUCAACGAAGCGAAGGCCAUCGAGCACGGCGUCAAAUCACCUAGUUAA